AUGCCAUUCUCCGUGGCUCAGGGCAGACUGGCUCCACGCCUGGCAGCGAGCGAGCCACCGUAUUCUAUCCAGCACAGCCCAAGCGAGCAGCAGCAGCAGCAGCAGCAGCAGCCACAGAGAGAGAAGACCGAGAAGUGCUCCGUGCGUCGAAACGGCACGAUCACGGCCAAAACAACCGACCAUCCGGUGACUUCUUCCGUCGAAAAGCCUCCUGUAUUUGGACUACACAGCCACAGCAGAAAAUCGCGCCCGGGGAACCAGCUCUCUGCCCAGCACGCACGCACGCACGCAGCCAUCGGACAUCGCUCCUUCUCUUUCUCCUUCUUUUUUUGCCUAUUUGGGAUAAACCUAACAUUGCUUUUACGCGUGUGA